UCCUUGUAUAUGCAUUGUAUUCAUUAUAGACAAAGGAAAAAGAGAUGGAAAAAAGAAGCCUAGUUAUAUUGCUUUGUUUUAUUCUUAUGUCAAUGGCUCAAGGUGUUGUAUUAGGACCCAAAGCUGUUGAAAAAUGGUUCAAGAAGCUUCCUUAUGCAAAGCAAAAGGUAACUAAAUUUCAUUUCUAUUUUCAUGACAUAACUAGUGGGAAAAAUCCAACGGCAGUUCCAAUAAUCAAGUCCAAAUCCCCAACUUUCUUUGGGUAUGUUGCAAUGAUUGAUGACCCACUGACAGUUGGACCCGAGGUCAACUCGACUCUAGUGGGUCGAGCCCAAGGGAUUUAUGGUGGAGCCGGUCAAAAGGAGGCUGCCCUUCUUAUGACCCUCAACUUUGUGUUCACAACUGGCAAGUAUAAUGGUAGCACAUUGAGUGUACUUGGUAGGAACCCAGCAUUUCAUAAGUACCGUGAGAUGCCUAUUGUUGGUGGUUCUGGAGUUUUUCGAUUGGCUCAGGGAAUCGCCACCGCGAAAACCUAUUGGAUGAAUGCUACCGAUGCUAUUGUUGAGUACAAUGUUAUAGUCCUGCAUUAUGACAUUUGAUGUGCUUUGCUUUUUUAAUAUUCAUUUGUAAUUUCAUGUUCAUUAUAUUUGAAUAAGUCAGCAAGAUAAAACAAUUGCUAAGCGAA